UAUAGAGCAUCGAACGAUGCAGUUGCCGUUCGGAAUCGCAUUCAGUCUCCGAGCGCUGAUUCGCUGAGAGACUUCUCUCGCCAACAUAUCUCUUUCCAGAUUGGCUAGGCUAAGAUGUCUGAGGAUUGUAACAUGAAAUGUGAAAUGGAUCCACUAUUGAGUGUCAAUAUAUCUGAGAAUGCUAAUGAGAAUGGUGAUAAAGAUCCAUUAUUGCAUGAGUUGCGUUCGAAGGUAAAGGUAGACACCGGGCAACCUGCCUCAUUAACUUGGCAGAGAAAAGUAAGUGACAAGGGUCAACAACUGGUAGAAUUCACUCUAACCAUGCGAGAGAAAUUAAAACUGGCUCCCUUGGGCAUCCGACUUGGGCGUCAAAUCAUUGAAGAAACUGCAAAAGGACAGGUUGCAGCGAUUGAUCCUCUGAAGAAGCGCACUGGUAUAACUUGCCAAGCUGUUCCUCUUGGUGGAAUUGGAUCAGGAAGCAUAGGAAGAAGCUAUAAAGGUGAUUUUCAACGUUGGCAGUUAUUCCCAGGACUUUGUGAAGAUCAAGCUGUUAUUGCAAAUCAAUUUUCUGCUUUUAUCUCACGUUCAGAUGGUAAAAAGUACUCUACUGUACUCUCUCCUGGGAAUGCAGAUUUGAUCAAAAAAAAUUCCAUUUCAGGAGUUGGGUCUUGGGAUUGGAACCUGAAAGGGCAAAACACUACUUAUCAUGCCCUGUAUCCAAGGGCAUGGACUGUUUAUGAUGGAGAACCUGAUCCAGAUCUUAAAAUAGUCUGUCGUCAGAUUUCACCAUUCAUCCCUCACAAUUACAAGCAGAGCAGCUACCCUGUUGCAGUAUUUACAUUCACUUUAACCAACUUGGUCAAAACUGCAGCUGAAGUAACUUUGCUAUUCUCAUGGGCUAAUUCUGUUGGUGGAAUAUCUGAGUUCUCUGGAUAUCAUUCUAAUUAUAAGAUGAAAGAAAAAGAUCGAGUUCGCGGAGUACUUCUGCACCAUAGAACUACUAAUGGUCUACCUCCAGUGACAUUUGCUAUAGCAGCAGAAGAGACAGCUGAUGUCCAUGUCUCAGAAUGCCCUUUCUUCAUAAUAAGUGGAGGUUCUGACUCUUUUUCAGCAAGAGACAUGUGGUCUACCAUCAAAGAGCAUGGAUCUUUUGACCACCUUGAUUCUUCGGGGAUUUAUCAUUCUGAACCUGGAUCAUCAAUUGGAGCAGCUGUUGCAGCUACUGUGAAGCUUGAUUCACAAGCAACUCAUACUGUGACAUUUUCUUUAGCUUGGGCUUGCCCUGAAGUAAAGUUUCCUAGUGGAAAGACUUAUCACAGGCGCUAUACUAAAUUUUAUGGAACUGACUGUGAUGCAGCAGCAAGUCUUGUGCAUGAUGCUAUUUUUGAGCAUUGUUCCUGGGAGAGUCAAAUUGAAGAAUGGCAAAAUCCUAUUUUGCAGGAUAAGCGGUUCCCAGCUUGGUAUCCUGUCACUCUAUUUAAUGAACUAUAUUACCUUAAUGCUGGAGGAACAAUUUGGACUGAUGGGUCACCACCAAUUCAGAGUUUAGCAACUAUUGAGGAAAAGCAAUUCUCCCUUGACAUGUCGAAUGGAGAUUUUGGUGAUAUGGUUGAUGUCACAACAAGAAAGAAUACUGCAGCUGAUAUCCUCGAUAGAAUGGCAUCAGUACUUGAAAAGUUGCAUUCACCCAUUGCAUCAAAUUCAGCUAUAGGAACACCAUUGCUUCAAGGAGAGGAAAAUAUUGGCCAGUUUCUCUACCUUGAAGGAAUUGAAUAUUGCAUGUGGAAUACAUACGACGUCCAUUUCUAUGCUUCCUUCUCCCUGAUCAUGUUGUUUCCAAAACUAGAACUGAGCAUUCAGAGGGAUUUUGCUGCUGCAGUAAUGAUGCAUGAUCCUGAAAAGAUUAAGACCCUGCAUGAUGGCAAGUGGUGUGCAAGAAAAGUCCUCGGGGCUGUCCCCCACGAUCUUGGCCUUUGUGACCCAUGGUUUAAAGUCAAUGCAUAUAAUCUGUACGACACUGAUAGAUGGAAGGACUUGAACCCUAAAUUUGUUCUCCAAGUAUGGAGAGAUACAGUAGUCACUGGUGAUAAGGCAUUUGCACAAGCUGUAUGGCCAUCAGUAUAUAUGGCAAUGGCAUUCAUGGAUCAGUUUGAUAAGGAUAAAGAUGGAAUGAUUGAAAAUGAAGGAUUUCCAGAUCAAACAUAUGAUGUUUGGUCUGCUACUGGUGUUAGUUCAUACACCGGAGGGCUAUGGGUGGCUGCUCUGCAAGCUGCUUCAGCCAUGGCAUGUGAAGUUGGUGACAAGGCCUCAGAAGAACUUUUCUGGGACAAGUAUCUGAAAGCAAAAUCCGUUUAUGAUAAUUUGUGGAACGGUUCUUACUUCAAUUAUGACAACAGUGGUAGCAAGACAAGUUCAUCCAUCCAGGCAGAUCAAUUGGCUGGACAUUGGUAUGCUAUAGUUUGCGGUCUUACCCCAAUUGUUGAUAAAGAGAAAGCGAAAAGUGCCUUUGAAAAAGUUUUUUCCUUCAAUGUGUUAAAAUACAAGGGUGGAAAGAGAGGAGCCAUUAAUGGGAUGAGACCAGAUGGCGCCAUUGAUAUGUCGGCAAUGCAGUCAAGAGAGACAUGGCCCGGUGUGACAUACUCAGUUGCUGCGGCUAUGAUCCAAGAAGGGUUGUUCGAGGAAGGAUUCAAAACUGCGCAAGGAAUCUAUGAAGCUGCCUGGUCUCAAGAAGGACUCGGGUACGCGUUCCAGACCCCUGAAGCUUGGAACAACGACGACCAAUAUCGUUCUCUUUGUUACAUGCGCCCCUUGGCGAUAUGGGCGAUGCAGUGGGCGUUGUCGAGACCCAAACUCCACUUCCGAGAAGCUGAAGCAGGAACCAGAGGAGAGGCUCAGCUGAAGCACCAUGUCUCCUUCUCAAAAGUUGCCAAGCUGCUCAAACUUCCGGAAGAAGAAACUUCCAAAAGCAUUCUUCGUGUUAUCUAUGAAAUUACUUGCAGUCGGAUGAGGUCAUGAUUAGAGAUGGCGACAGGCUCCUCAACAUGUCAAAGGAUUGGAUUCUUCAUUGUUCAUUCGAUUACUUCGGUGUUAGCCUCCAAAUAAUACAAGUAUGUUGGCAAAAGCUUCCAUACAUUCGUUUAUUCAAAUUGCAAGUAUGAUAUGAUAUCGAAAUGGUUGGACAAAAUGUGUUCACAGGACUUUCAUGAAAUUCCAGCACUGCUUUAGACAAGUUUAGGAUUGACACAGGUUUUUUUAGUCAUCCAACAAAUGAGUUGUUCCUGCUGCUCCUCUUCUUAGACUAGCUUCAUCGAUAAUGUUCUUCAGCCCGUUGUUAGCCUUUUUGUCAUCCGGAGGAUCCCAGUGCAAGCCACUCGGAGAUACAGAAUGCAAGUUGUUGAGAGUUAGGGGUCACUUAGAAUUACGGAAGGAGACCAAGAGUGGGUGGAUGAAAUUUGAGAGGAAUUCCAGAGUGUUUUUUAAUGUCAGAUGUGUCAUUAUCAAUGGAAUGGGUGAUUAAUUAUUUUGAUGAAUUGUUUCUUCGGACAUAAGAGAUCUGGAAACACUUACUUGAAAUCUCAUUUAUUAGACAUGAAAUCUUCUGUUUUGAAA